AUGUGCACUAGCAUCAGCACUGAAAAGUUGAGGCGGUCACGGGCUGCCUUCCUCAAGACCCUCCGGGCUUCAGGGGAUGGCGGCAGCUCUGGUGAUGACACUGGAGGGGGCGGCAGGAAGCCGCCAGAACUGGGAGCUUGUGCACCGGCACUGCCACUGCCAGGGGUGGGCCCACCAACACUGCAGCAGCCACAACUGAUGCCAGAUGGAGGCAGAGCACCAGCAUACAUGCCACAGCCUUUCUGCUCAUACGAGUAUGAGUGGCAGCAACACGAUGUGCCCAGGCUGUUCGGGUCCCAGUGCUGCCAGCCACCGUGGGUACCUGAUGGUCCACAGGACAGCCUCGCAUUCCAGAUGAGAUGCGAUAUGAUACACUCCCAGCAGCAGCAGUACCUGUACCAGCACCGAGUGUACGAGCAGCACAAAAUACGGCACCAAAUACAGCAGGAGGAGCAGCAUGACCUCUGCCUGCAACACCUUCAGCAGCAGCAGCAGCAGCAGCAGCAGCAGCAGCUCGUGCAUCCUCGUACGUCAGGCGACAGCUCACAGUCAUUGUCUGUACCAACUACAAGUGUUACCAGUUCUGCAGUUACUGUCACGCCUGACAGUAGUGGUACAGGCAGUACUGCGCGAAAGACCGUCUCGACCUUGCCCCCUGAUGACACCCCUUUCAGGAAUGGCAGACAGAAUGCUUGCCGGAUCGUGCCGCAGAUGGUCUGCGAAAGGAAUUUACGUGACAGUGUGAGCCGGACCCGUCCGCAGUCUGGCGUGCCACAGUCAACGCCCGUCACGGCCGGUCAGUGCAGGAGCGAGGCAGUUCUUCUCCCCCGACACAUCGAGAAGCUGCAGUCUCAGUACCCCGGCAUCACAAUAUGUGCAGCCAAGUCGAAACGUACUCCUCCUCCAACUCCCGCAGUUAUGGCGACGGUCGCCUUGCUGGAUGGCUCCCCCGAGUCGGCACGCGUGUGUCCCGUCUGUGGUGUGUCCUUCGACAGCGACUCUACCUUGCGGCGGCACGUCGUCAUCUCCCAUUCUGGCGGCACAUACUUAGAGUGUGAGCUCUGCGGGGCGGUGCUCCCCGGCCUCACGACAUACCGAGCCCACCUCGUGGAGCACGGUGCUGGAGCCGAUGCCGGCAAACGGCACUCUUGCGACGAGUGCCCCAAGAGGUUCACUAACAGAGCACACCUGACCCGCCACAAAAUGUUGCACUCUGGGGAGCGGCCAUACAUCUGUCACGUCUGCAGCAAGGGCUUCAUUCGCAAAGACCACAUGCUCAAGCACGCCAAGGUGCACGACUGCCGUUGUGCCUCCUGUGUCCCCAAUGCCGUGUACAAUUCCGUGUGA